AUGGGAGAUGAACUGAAGGAGAGGUUGAGAACUGCCAGGUGUUUCACAACCUUGAAACUCACAAAAGGACAGAAGCUUCUCACAGACUGGGAAGUUAAUGAAACAACUAACCAAAUCCAUUCACAGGAAGUUAAUGAAACAACUAACCAAAUCCAUUCACAGGAAGUUAAUGAAACAACUAACCAAAUCCAUUCACAGGAAGUUAAUGAAACAACUAACCAAAUCCAUUCACAGGAAGUUAAUGAAACAACUAACCAAAUCCAUUCACAGGAAGUUAAUGAAACAACUAACCAAAUCCAUUCACAGGAAGUUAAUGAAACAACUAACCAAAUCCAUUCACAGGAAGUUAACGAAACAACUAACCAAAUCCAUUCACAGGAAGUUAAUGAAACAACUAACCAAAUCCAUUCACAGGAAGUUAAUGAAACAACUAACCAAAUCCAUUCACAGGAAGUUAAUGAAACAACUAACCAAAUCCAUUCACAGGAAGUUAAUGAAACAACUAACCAAAUCCAUUCACAGGAAGUUAACGAAACAACUAACCAAAUCCAUUCACAGGAAGUUAAUGAAACAACUAACCAAAUCCAUUCACAGGAAGUUAAUGAAACAACUAACCAAAUCCAUUCACAGGAAGUUAAUGAAACAACUAACCAAAUCCAUUCACAGGAAGUUAAUGAAACAACUAACCAAAUCCAUUCACAGGAAGUUAAUGAAACAACUAACCAAAUCCAUUCACAGGAAGUUAAUGAAACAACUAACCAAAUCCAUUCACAGGAAGUUAAUGAAACAACUAACCAAAUCCAUUCACAGGAAGUUAAUGAAACAACUAACCAAAUCCAUUCACAGGAAGUUAAUGAAACAACUAACCAAAUCCAUUCACAGGAAGUUAAUGAAACAACUAACCAAAUCCAUUCACAGGAAGUUAAUGAAACAACUAACCUGUACAGAAAUAAGAAGAAUAUUGAUACAAAUGAAGACCUCCCAUUUGUGGCUUUAGAUGCUGGAAAAAAAGUUAAUGUAGCUGCUUCCACUUUCUAUGAACAAGUAAAUGCCCCUGUGGAUGCAUCACAGGAACGGAAUGAUCCUUUUAAACAGGGCACAAAAACAUUUUCCAGCAUCCUAAGUAAUCCUAGAACAGGCGUAACUGGCUCCAAUUCUGGGGACCGGCUCCGUAAUUCGAACUCCACUGGCACAGAAACAGCUGGUGUCAAUGUAGGAGAUUUUGCAGGUCCAGUAGUCUUCAGAGCUAGGGAUACUUCUUUGCUUAAUUUUUUUGCUGGCUCCAAUUAUCCUGGAGAGGGAGAUGAUUUCUUGGUGGAUUUGUCAGAUUUUGCAGAUGGUGAUUUCGCUGAUUUUGAAGUGUCCGGACCUUCUGCUAUAGCUUCUUGA